AUGUCCAGCACCAGCCUUACUCAAACCAUGCCUACGGAUAUUCGGGCACAAUUUGAAAACAUAAGCAAGGCACUGGAUGAAAAGGACCGACAGUUUGAUACGUUACAAAUAGUGAGCGUAACUCCAGAUUUACCAGAUCUUAAGUUUAAGCAAGUACAAAUUAGUGGACAGGGCAUAAAACAUAUUGACGCGCAACUGCUUAAGGGAACCACAAAAUCGGUGGCAAAGUUGUCAUUUAACUUGCUUAAUUUAACAGAUAAUAUUGAUAUAUUCAACUUGAUUUUGGACCAAAAUAUUGCCGAAAUCUCGGGCAACGCGUUCCGAUCGCUGGGAAGUUCGCUGCGAUAUAUGGAGAUAUCUAUGGCUAACAUCACCGCUAUCUCUGACAAUGCCUUCGCGUUCGACGACUCGUUGAAAACAAACUUACGAUUAGUUUUGAAUAACGAUGUCAUAAAUAUGAAUGGCAUAAGUAAAGCGGCGUUUAAGGGCGCUAAACUAUUAGUGGUGAUAUCCAUCGCAACAUUAGACCAGGUACACUCUAAAUGUCCCGCACCAGCCUUACUCAAACCAUGCCAAUGCAACGAUGAUGAUGUCGAUGCUACAGUAUUAUCAUGCUCCGAGAAUAUGGCGGAUAUUAAAGGGCAUUUUGAAAACAUAAGCAAGGCACUGGAUGAAAAAGAUCGACAGUUUGAGGCCCUAUACAUAUCACUAUCGAACGCUACCGAACUACCAGCGGAAGCAUUUGCCGAUCUAAAAUUUAAGCAAGUACUAAUUAAGGGAUCGAAUAUAAAACAUAUUGACCCACAAAUAUUUAAAGGAACCACCGAUUCGGUGGUUGAGCUUCAACUUUACUGGCUUAGUAUAGCCAAUAAUUCUGAUAUAUUUGAUAUGAUAAACAUGCUAGAUAAUUUAGAAAUAUUAUUAAUCGCCGAUUGCAAUUUACACACAAUCCCUGAGAAUGCGUUUAAAGAGCAUAAGAAUUUAACUACACUUAAGAUCGGGGGCGAAAAAUUAGCCAAAAUUUCCGGGAAUGCCUUCCGAGCGCUGGGAAGUAGUCUGCGAUAUAUGAGUAUAUCGAGCGCUAACAUCACCGCUAUCUCUGACAAUGCCUUCGCGUUCGACGACUCGUUGAAAACAAACUUACGAUUAAUUUUGAGUACCGAUACCAUCGAUAUGAGUGGCAUAAGUAAGGCUGCAUUUAAGGGCGCUAAACGACCUGUCUCAUUGGUAUUAUUGGAUGAUAAGACUAUUACAUAUUUGGAUGAAUCAACUUUUAGCACAUUUAUGACUGAAAACCCGUUGAAUGAAGUGAUUACUCAAAUCAAUUGCAAUGAGUGUAGGAAUGCGUGGCUUAUGAAACCAGAGUUCAAGUCCCACGUGAACGGCAUAUACUGUACCAAUGGACUCGAUUUAAAUGACCCGACAAACUUUGCCGGGUGUUAA